AUAACAUGUUGAUGGUGAUUCUCAGCAACUGAUCACGAUGGUGGCGAGUGAUGUGUUCCCCUGUCUUUCUCUGAUGGGGAUUAUUUUCACAGUUACUGGUGGUACAUCGAUGAGAGUGAUUCAGUAUCCUGCAGAGCGAACAGCAAUCCGAGGUGCAAACGUUACCUUCGGCUGCAAGUUUGCUGACAGUCAAUCUGGUUCAGAUACAACAUUAUAUUGGUGGAAGCGAGGAGAGAGGGAAUAUUUGCACACACGACCUGACAACAGGAGAAUAUUUGAUUACAAAACGUUCCAGAUCCUAAAUCUGAAUUUCAACGACUCCGGAGUCUAUAUUUGUGCAGCGGUCCAUAAGGGGAAAAUAGCAGGAAAUGGGACUGGAACCAGUUUAACUGUACAUGUCCCCCCAACCCCACUGAAGAUAUUCCACAGAGAUUCUGAAAGAGAUUCAUCAAAGUCUUUGACUCUUGUGUGUGAAACGGCUGAGUUCUACCCGGAAGAUGUAACGCUCACCUGGAAUAAAGAUAGCAAUGAAGUUAAAACUGGGAUACAUUUCACUAAAGAGAAGAAUUCAAAUGGACUUUACAAAGUUUCGAGCUCUAUGGAAGAGACAGAGUCUGUGCAGAGCGGAGUUAUUUAUACCUGUGUGGUAUCUCAUGUCAGCCUUCGGAUUCCAGCAGUUGCCGUCUACGCCGUUUAUGAAUCCAAAACAGAAGAUGAUGAGAGUGACGGUCAGCCUCACUAUGCGCUGAUCGCUGGAGGUGCAGCUGGAGGGCUGGUAUUUCUGCUGCUUUUGAUCAUCAUUGGGAAGCAAUGCCAAUUAAACAAAGUGAAAGGCCCACGCAGAAACCAGGAGGGAUCCAGCCAUUACGAAGAGCAGAUGAUGCACGGAGCAAAGAAUGAGCCGGUGGCUUAUGACUCGUUGGAUUUCACUAGUUCUAAGAAAACUCCAAGACCUAAAAAACAAGAGGAGAGGACUGUGUACACCCAGACAAAGCAAGCAGCAGCUGGGAACAAGCUGACGUAUGCCUCUUUGGAUUUACAUCCUUCCAUUAAAACAGAAAAACCUAAAAGUACCGUUAAGAAUACACAAUAUGCAGAGCUCCAUGUGAGAAACCACGGAGGAGCAGCAGCAGCUAUCUGCAGGGAACCAAAAUCCAAGUAAUGCAACAGGCGCAGAAAUAGAUAUUGUGUAUAUUAGAUGUAGUUUUUCACCAUAGUGAAUAAUAUGCACAUUGGUCCUGUGCUGCGAUUCUAUUUGCACUUGUUUCAACCAUAAUUGCAUUUAUUAGUUUAUUACAUUUUAUUUAUAUAGGAAAUUUCUUGGAAAAUAUUGCUGACUAUACUUAUGUAACCAUACUUAACUGUCAAAAAGUAUUUACUGUGAAUCUAAUCAUUCCAUAAAGAUAACUACUGAAUUAGCUGAUUCAAAAAUACGAACUACUACAAAAUUAGGAACUAUUGUGCAACAUGUUCAAUCAGCCUUUCAAUAAAAAAAACAAGUUG